AUGAACUCUUCUAAAACUUCAAGAACUGUCAAAGCCAUGCAUUUAUUCCAUUUAGAAUAAAAAAAUACAAACCUCCAUCAUUAUAACAUUCCAACUUUCAGAGACCCAGCAAUUCCUACUAUCUUGAAACCAUUUAGAUUAUCUCCAAAUAAAUAAUCAAUUCCAACAUCUCGAUAAAAUUAAGAAAAUGGUUAUAGAAAAUUGUCUAUAGAAAAGAAGGUAUUAUAAUUAAGAAAAGAAAUUUUAAAUGCUAAAAAUGUAAAGUAGAAAUAAUUGUUUUAAAGCAAUAAAUUAUAAAUCAAGAACAGUUUCUCUACUGUUGAGAAAUAACUUGAUAAAUAACCUAAACUUUUUAAAUAUUUUGAAAAAAAGUCCAAUUCUAAAAUUAAACUCUUUGAAAUUCCAAUCCAUAUUCAAGAAAGAUAACUUUAAUAAUCAACUUUAUCAACUUAAAAUACUAAAAUUCCAAUAUUAAAAUUAUAAGAAAAAUAAACUUCAACAAUAGAGGAUGGUAUAAAUGAUAUUUAAAUGAUACCACAGUAUUAAUAAUCUAUUAAGUUACCCAGUGAACCUGAUUCUCCAUAAAUAAUUAAAAAAUUGCAAUCUUAUUAAUUUACUUAAAGAAGUGUCAGUUAGGGAAAUGUUGAAAAACCAAAAAAAAAAGAAUGGAUACCAUGGCCAUAAAAUUUUGAAGGUUGGCAUGCACCUUAAGCUGAUGAAGAUUUACUACUAUAAUAUUAAUAAUAUUUCUGA